UAGCUGCUUCUCCUCUUGCCCUGCCCCCAUCACAGGUACAUGUACUGGACAGAUUGGGGCGAGACGCCCCGGAUCGAGCGGGCGGGGAUGGACGGCAGCACCCGGAAGAUCAUUGUGGACUCAGACAUUUACUGGCCCAAUGGACUGACCAUUGACCUAGAGGAGCAGAAGCUCUACUGGGCCGAUGCCAAGCUCAGCUUCAUCCACCGUGCCAAUCUAGAUGGCUCGUUCCGGCAGAAGGUGGUGGAGGGCAGCCUGACACACCCCUUCGCCCUGACGCUCUCUGGGGACACUCUGUACUGGACGGACUGGCAGACCCGCUCCAUCCAUGCCUGCAACAAGCGCACUGGGGGGAAGAGGAAGGAGAUCCUGAGCGCCCUCUACUCACCCAUGGACAUUCAGGUGCUGAGCCAGGAGCGGCAGCCUUUCUUCCACACUCGCUGUGAGGAGGACAAUGGCGGCUGCUCCCACCUGUGCCUGCUGUCCCCAAGGGAGCCUUUCUACACAUGCGCCUGUCCCACGGGUGUGCAGCUGCAGGACAACGGCAGGACAUGUAAGGCAGGUGAGCCAGUAGGACGGGACGGGACGGGACGGGGCAGGUGGGGCGAGACCUGGCGGGAAUGGGCUGCGGCCAGUUGCCCCAGAAGGAACCUCGGCAAACCCGUUCAAAAUGAUCCACUUGGCGGGUGUGGCGAUUCAAAUCUGCGGUCCCAGCUACUCGGGAAUCUGAGUUGGGAGGAUUGCUUGAGCCCAGGAGGUCAAUCCUGUUUUAUUUUUUUUUGCCCCAGAUAUUUUCCCAGUUUUUCACUCUCCGCCUUGGUCCUCAGGCGCUUGGUGCUUCCUGGUACUGUGCUGCAGUGGGACAUGGCUCUUCCCCUCUGGGUCAGUGGCUGAGAGUCUUCCUUUCCA